CUACCGUAUGUUGUGGGCGUCCGUCACGGAAUAAUGAAGGAAAUCUUGCUGUGGUGCGCGGCUUGUCUUCUGCUUUUGUGUUUGCACGACGUGUGCGCAGUGGAUUGCAGUUGGGAUAGUUGGAGUUCAUGUAGUGUUGAAUGUGGAAAUGGCACCAGAACUCGGAAGAUUAGUAAAGCAGCUACAAUGGGUGGUCAGACGUGUACAGGACCAUUGACUGAGAUCUGCAUAGUCACAUCUUGUAUGGCAACCAAUUUAGCUGCUAGUUUCCUAGCAACAGUGAGUAUGAAUUCAGUCUUUGUCGACUCAAGGAAUGUACCAGCUGGCUUGAAUGCCGAAUUAGCAAUAGAUGGCAAUUCAAAUAACGAUUUUCGAUUAUGUGCUGCUACAGCUCAAUCUACUAAUCCUUGGCUUCGUGUUGACUUGAAGAAGGAAUACUUUGUUUCAAGUGUUCAAGUUGUUCUUUUUCCUGGUAAACUUACACAUGUCUAUGUUUAUGUUGGUAACAAUUUAGCAAACGAGGGGAAUGACAACUACAAUUGUGGAAAGGCUCCAGAUGCCACCUCUCUGAAUUGGAGAAAUGUUUUAUGCAGUGUACCAGUUUGGGGAAGAUACAUUAAUUUACAGAGAGAAGUAACAAAUCAUUUUCUUCAAGUAUGUGAGGUGACAUUCAACUAUGAGUUGGAGAUUGCUAUUCUAGACAAUAAUAUGCAUAUUGAAGGAACAAGUGUGGCAGUUGAUGAUAAUCAAGAUUACUCUAAUCCUAUUGAUUGUGGUGUCAGUCCUGAUGUGACCAACUUUAAUGCUCUCUUGCAAUGGAAACACAACACAAUCAAUGAUGUACCAUCGUCAAGUGUACAGACUACUGGCGUAUAUCAGGUGUAUGAGAAUGAUGUGCAGCGGCUCUACAUCAAGUCAGCUAAUGCCUCUGAUAGUGGAGUGUAUACAUGUCAAUAUACCACGACUGAUGGCCAUAUAGUGUCAAAGUCGUUUACACUGAAUGUGGAUUGUGUUUGGGGCAGUUGGAGUUCCUGUAAUGUUCAGUGUGGAAAUGGUACCAGAACUCGGCGGAUCAGUCGAGUGGCUAGUGUGAGUGGUCACGAUUGUAUAGGACCGUCAACUGAGAGUUGCAUAGUCACAUCUUGUAUGGCUUCUGAUUUAGCUGUCAGUGUAGGAGCAACAGUGACUCUGAGCACACAGUAUAGCACUACUACGCAUUUGCCCAAAUUGGCGAUAGAUGGGAAUUUAGCAAGUGCUGGUCGGUUAUGUGCUGUCACAAUGAUGGCAACUAAUCAGUGGCUUCGUAUUAAGUUGAAGAAGGAGUACUUUGUGUCAAGUGUUGCAGUUAUCCUGCCUACUAGUAGAAGUACAAAUGUUACUGUUCGUGUUGGUAGUAACUUAACAGACAAUGGGAAUGCCAAUCACAAGUGUGGAAUGGUUCCAGAUGCCAAAUCUCUGAGUUGGAGAAAUUUUAGUUACAAUCCACCAGUUUGGGGAAAAUACAUCAAUUUACAAAGAAACAAUAUUCUUCAUGUGUGUGAGGUGGUUUUCAGUUAUGAGUUGGAGAUUGCUAUUCUAGACGAUACCAAGCAUAUUGAAGAGACCAGUGUGGCAGUUGAUGAGAAUCAAGAUUACUCUAAUCCUAUUGAUUGUGGUGUCAGUUCUGAUGUGACCAACUUUAAUGCUCUCUUGCAAUGGAAACACAACACAACCAAGGAUGUACCAUCUUCAAGUGUACAGACUGCUGGUGUAUAUCAGAUGUAUGAGAAUGGUGUGCAGCGGCUCUACAUCCAGUCAGCUAGUGUCUCUUCCAAUGGUCUGUUUACGUGCCAAUAUACUGCAACUAAUGGCUCUAUAGUGUCAAAGUCAUUUACACUGAAAGUCAAUGUAAACUGUAAAUGGAGCUCAUGGUCAGAUUGUACAUCAUCAUGUAGUUUUGGAAAUCAUAGUCGUACACGAGCACGUCUUAAGCAACACAAUGGAAUGGACUGUGUGGGGUCGCCAACUGAGAACUGUGACAGCAACCAACCACCAUGUGAGGGCAGUCUUAUGUUAUGUACGGGGUGUGUUAUGAAAGGAAAGUGUAGGCCGCCUGCAUUGACGGGCUACUGCUGUCCCAUUGAAACUGCCAAACGUCGUGGUCCGGAGUGA